AUGUCGAUGCUGAGGACUAUUAAACCGAAAAACGCCCGUGUCAAGCGAGCACUCGAGGCGCGCGAGCCCAAGCUCGUGGAGAAUGAGAAGACGGUCAUCUUCGUCCGUGGCAACAACACCUCGGAGCGGGUGCGCGAUGUCAUGAAGGACCUGCGCCCGCACGCGAUCAACUUUUCGAAGAAGAACGCAAUUCACCCGUUCGAGGACGCGUCGUCUCUCGAGUUCUUCUCUGGCAAGAACGACGCCUCUCUCUUCGUGACUGGCCUGCACAGCAAGAAACGGCCGCACAACCUCGUUCUCUCGCGCAUGUUUGACGGGCGGGUGCUGGACCAGCUCGAAGUGGGUGUCGACGCCUUCUCGUCGAUGGCGAGUUUCGACUCGCCCAAGGCGUCGCUGGGCACGAAGCCGCUGAUGGUCUUCCACGGCGACGUGUUCGACACGCACCCCUCCUUCCAGCAGCUCAAGAGCUACCUCCUCGACCUGUACCAGGGGCACCACCAGACGGGCAUCCCGCUCAUGAACCUCGAGCACGUCAUUAGCGUCACGGCCGGCCCGUUCCAUGGCGAGGACAAGCCCCUGCCCUCCGUCCACGUCCGCGUGUACACCGUCAAGAUGCUCUCCUCCGGCAGCCGUAUCCCGCGCGUCCAGCUGACGGAGAUGGGCCCCAACAUGGACCUCAGCGUGCGCCGCGUCGCUGAGCCCGACGCCGAUAUGCUCAAGCAAGCCCUCCGCCGCCCCAAGAUUAGCAAGAAGGACCAGACCUCGGGUCUCGGCAAGAAGAGGAAGAACAUCGAGACGGACGACAUGGGCGACAAGGUCGGUCGCAUCCAUCUCGGAAAGCAGGACCUCGGCAAGCUCCAGUCGCGCAAGAUGAAGAGUCUCAAGGUCGGACGCAAGAUGCGCAAGCUCGAGGAGGGCGCAGAGGGAGCCGCCGACGAGGCCAUGGACGACGAGGAGUAG